AUGCCUUGGAUCGGCUUUUUCCUGCCUCUCUUCACCAUUAUGUCCGACCCCCGCCUGGCCUUUUUGCGUGAAGCUUCCGCCCCGGUCCUCUUCGUGGCCUGGCUGGUCCUUGCGUCCGAGUGGCAAUCAGCCUUUUCCGACACCACCACCUCCAUGGCCCAUGGCUACGCUCUCGAUGCCGCCUACGCUUCCCGAGUCGGUUGCUACCACAGCGAUUCAGUCUGCCACUUCCUCUCUUGGUUUAUUUGGACAAUCUUCGGCAUUUCGUUCUGCUUCUUUGCAGAGUUUGUCUCGAUUAUUUACAUUCAACAUCGGGAGGACUGGUGCGAUUUUUUUGUUAGUCUCUUUCGUCGUCUCCUCGGCAGCCCUGCUAUAUCCGCCUCUGCCUCUCGCACCGCCCCCGUCUCUGAAAAAAUCGCUGACCUUGAAACCUACGACUACUACUCCGUCGGUCUCAGUGAAGCCUCUCCUUCUGGCGCUCAAACUCCUACCAUCAUCGAUAUUUUGCAUUCCGACUGGCCUAGCCCUCCUUCGUAUGCACCCGUCAUCCCCCACAACGCAAGCCAGCUCGAUGGCUCGGCCUCGUUACGCGCCUGUACGACUCUCAGUCACUUUGUCCUUGACCAAGACGAGGAUGAAGUAUUUCUCAAGAUCCUCCCCAAGGAUCACCCCUUCCUCCUUCAAGAAGAAGGCUCAUUCGUUUCCUCCGCACCUGCUCAUGUUGACAUCCCACGCCCUCUCACAAGAAGCUUCACCAGCGUCGCUCAGAUGUUGGGAUUGGAUAUGUCCGGUCCCGGAUCGCGCGUCUAUAUCCCUUAUUCACAUCAUGCCCAAUAUGUGGACUGCGAGCCUGUCGUUACUAAAAUACUCAUGGUUCAUUCCAUCGAAUACGAUCAGGAUCUGCUCCUGCCUGCUGUCGCUGUUGCCGCUGCAGCCGUUCAGACUGACGGUCAGGGUUCCUUCGAGGGUGCAACCGAGUGUGUCGACCAGUCCACCUGCUCCCCCCAGCCCCAGUCUGUUGUCGCCUCUGCCGUCGAUGAUGCUGUCGAGGGUGCUGCCGAGGAUGCUAUUGAGGGCACCGCCCUGUCAGAGUCAGAGCUUUCCUCCUUCCCUCAGCCCCAGUUCGCUACCGCUGCUGACCAGGGUACCGCCGUCAAGGAAGCUUUCCAGCCACAACCCUUCUCCCAGACCCAGGGAGAAGAGUCUGACGAGGAAACGCUUGCCAACGACGACGAUAGCAACAAAAACACUGAUGCUGCCGACGAUGAGACCGAGGAGGUCGGUUACCGGUACGGCCAAUAUGACUUGGACGAGUACAGAAAACUUCUGCGUGAACGUCGCCUGCAUGCCUACCGUACCGUCGCCAGGACCCAGAUGCUAGAGCUGGCCAAGUAUGCCAACGACCCCCUCCCUGACUACCCCCAGCAGUAA